CAUUGUAUAAAAUUAAAAUAUUCAAUAUCUUCAUGUAUUUCAUAUUAUAUAACUCUCAUAAAUGAAAAAGCAAAACUCUACAUUCACUUAUUGCAACUACAGGAUAUGCCUAAUUUUUGGGACUUUGGUAAGACUGCACCGAAACCCAGAAACCUUCAGGAUGGACUAUUCCAAAUCGCAUCACAAACAUGCAGCUUACUGGUACAAGUCAAUAACACGAACAAUAUUAGUUACGGAGAUAACUCCUCGAACAUCAACCUCAACAAUCUGUCUUCGGGUUCCAGGACUAGAUCACCUUGCGCCAGCCCCCGAACUUCUCGAAACCCAGAUAGAGAGCAACUGUUGGUUCUUAUUCCUCCUUCUACGGAAAAAGCCCAAAAGUAUCGUCCUGGAUUCCUUGGAAAGUCACGCUUAUCGCCAGUAUUGGAAACUCCGCCUGUUCAAAAUGAAGAGGAAGCCGACAUAUGGAGUCAUGGAUACAUGAUUCCUGCAGACCCAGACAGUAUUCCACCAAGGUACUUCUUUAACAUUCUUCCUAUCAGAAAAUAUUUCUCAUUUUGGUAUUUCAGGUGGGGCAACAAAAGUAAAUGGUGUAGACCAUCCUGUAUACCAAUAUCCAUAAUUUGCAUCCUGAUCUUCCUAGUAGUAUUAUUGCCUUUAUUAGAUCAUGCCACCGAAAGAGUGUUGAAUGAAUUGAAUUCGUCUCCUGCUGAUAGCUGCAACAAUACUUGCAGGUUAUCUCUUGUAGAAAGUAUUCCUGAAGGAAUGUCGUAUCCCAAUGAGUCUAUCAUAUAUCCUUCCACAUUCGAUACUUGGUUAGAUUUGAUUAGUUCAGCAAAUACAUCUAUAGAUAUAGCUUCUCUUUACUGGAGUUUACGUCAAUCAGAAGUAUAUCCAGAUUCAUCUUCCAUACAGGGAGAAAAAAUAUUUCAAGCUCUCCUCAAAGCAGGUACGGAUAGAGGUAUUAAAAUCAGAAUAGCCCAAAAUGCUCCAACGCAAAAUUUUCCCAAUAUAGACACUGAAUUGUUAGUUAAAAGAAAAGCUGCAGAAGUACGGAGCUUGAAUUUUGCAAAAUUAUUAGGUGGGGGAGUACUGCAUACAAAACUGUGGAUUAUUGAUGGAAGGAAUGUGUAUGUUGGUAGUGCUAAUAUGGAUUGGAGAUCUCUCACACAGGUGAAAGAGUUGGGAAUUUAUAUUAAUAACUGCUCCUGUUUGGCCAAUGAUGUGCAGAAAAUAUUUGAAGUUUACUGGACCCUUGGGGUAGAGGGUGCAAAAAUUCCAUCUGUUUGGCCUGCAAACCUCUCCACCGCAUAUAACGCAAAAACACCAAUGGACCUUCUCAGCAACAAUGAAAUUUUCCACUUAUUUUUUUCAAGCGCGCCUCCCAUGUUCAACCCAACAGGUCGCACCAAUGACAUCGAGGCCCUAACAAAUGUUAUCCAACACGCGGAGAAAUUUGUGUACAUAUCAGUAAUGGACUAUUUCCCGCUCAUGAUUUAUACGCCGAAAAUAAAGUUUUGGCCCGUUAUAGACGAUGCACUGAAAACUGCAGCGAUUGAAAACAGGGUCAAGGUAAAAUUGUUGAUAAGUUGGUGGAACCAUUCCAGGCCCUCGGAAGAUAAUUUUCUGAAGUCUUUAGCUAUGGUGAAUAAGGCAUACCCUGGUGUAUCAAUUGAAGUGCGUCGAUUCAUAGUACCUGCCGACAAAGAACAACAAAAAAUUCCUUUUGCAAGGGUAAACCACAAUAAGUACAUGGUGACAGACAACACUGUUUUCAUCGGCACCUCCAACUGGUCUGGAGACUACUUCACAGACACGGCUGGGGUCUCUUUCGUACUGAGAGAUCCUAUCUUUGAUAGAAACUCCAGUCACACCACUAUACGAAGCCAGUUACAGGGAGUUUUCGAGAGGGAUUGGAACUCCAUUUAUGCUCACCCAUUGAACUUUACAGAAUUGGAAGAUGUAUCAUAGUUAUAUUUUAAUAUUUGGAGUGAACUCCCGAAAGACUUAGAAAGUUGACUAGCGUCCGUAGACAACAAACACCUGCAUGUUUGACUUACUCUGUUGCAUUAUUUCACAGGAGACAUCAGCACUUUCCAUUCAUUGCAAAUUUAUUAAUAGUGAAAUAAUUAUCGAAACAAAAUCUAACUUAGCCAACUAGCCACAACUGAAAAAAAUCCUUUAUUUUGAGCAGAAUUUUACCUCACCUAGUCAAAAAAAUACAACUAAAACUUGAAUCAUUUGUUGUUCACUAUAAUAUGCUGAUGUCUAUUGUGCCAAGUGCAAAAGGGUAAUGUAUACAUAUGUCUGCUAUCUACAGACGCUUAUGAAAAGCUCAAGUGUGGUAUACAUCCUUUGAUAGUUAUUUGGCGAGAUAUUUUCAACAUUUGUGGGUUUCCCGUCACCUAUAAUUAGAUUACUUAUGAAGGAAAAAUUACAAAGUUCAUCUAUUACAUUACUUUGUUUGCAUAAAAUUCAGUUGAUACAAUUCAUUAACCUGCGAUUAACAUAUGAUAUUAUUGAAUUUUGGGAAAUAUUUGACAACAAAAAAUAAUACACCAACUUUUGAAGCGAUAACUAUAGUUUUUAUCAACCUUCUUUGAGUAUUUUUACCUUCCACAAUGUGAAAAAUAGAAAUAUUGUAAUGGAGAACAUUGUACACAAAUCUUUUUGUAUGUAUAAAAGGUUGAAAAUGGC